AUGAUAGAGAUGAUAAUGAUGAUAGAGAUGAAGAUGGUAACGAUGAUGAUAGAGUUCGAGAUAAUAGCGAUGAAGAUAGAGUUAGAGAUGGCAGCGAUGAUGACAGAGAUGAAGAUAUUAGCGAUGAUGAUAGAGAUGAAGAUGGUAGCGAUGAUGAUAGGGGGGGAGGAUGCUAGCGAUAAUAGUAGAGAUAAAGAUGGUAACGAUGAUAACAUAGAUAGAAAUGGACACAACGAUGAUAAAGAUCACGCUGACAGAAAUAGAAAUGGUAGCGAUGAUGACAGAGUUGGAGAUUGUAGCGACGGUGAUAGAGAUGAAGACGCUCUUACCGAGCGAAUGGGCAGCACGUGGGCGGGCGAGUGCUGCUCAACUCACUACGACACGGGCGUGAACGAACACUCGGCUAAGUGGUGCCCGGCUUUCUGCUGCGGCUCGUCGCUGACAGGGCUGCUUACCUGUUGUGAAAACGGACUUCUUAGGGCAGCGAGCUACGACCGGUACCCGGUCUGCGCCGACUUCUUCGUCCAGAACUAUUGGGUUGCGAUCGUGAUCGGUCUGGGCGGACUGGCCGUCUUGACGUGUAUCGGGAUCAUCUUGGCGUGCACCAUCGGGCGAUCACGGCAACCCGUCGCGCCCUCGGAGACACGAACACCCGUUACAAAUAGCGCCUACGCCUAUGGCGCCCCAACUUACAACAAGCCGACCGGAACGGCGCACGGGGCUGGGAUCAACGGGAACCCCACAAGUGUGGUAUGGUGACCACAGACCAAGCCAACAUGCGCUAGGAUCGAGCUUAAGCUAAGGUUGCCUAUCGGAGAUACAAAUGUAUUAAUAGCCGGGCUUAUUGACGGCAUAUCCACUUACACUUAUUGAAAAAUAUACAUUACUGAUUUUAAUAUCCAUUCAGUUGCAAUAGAAUUUAACAUAAACCAGUAACUAGAAAACAAAUCCUUACUGACAAGUGACCUGAAUCAAACAUAUUUUAACGGUUUAUAUUUUUUGAAUACAGCUACCUUGAAUCUCAAAUUUGUUUUACGCUCAAUAAAUCUGAUUAUACCUGC